CUAGAAAACCUAAUUUCCAGCCUAAUUUCCCCCUGCGUUCACUACGCUUUAUUUAGAAUGUCAACUAUUAGCGAGUGCGAACGCCAUUUUAGAUUCAUGUUUUUGUUUUAUUAUUCAUUUUCUGGUAUGGCCACGUUAAGAAUUUACGACGAUAUGGACGACUAUAUUGUUAUAUUGUUUAUAUUAUUAUGUGGCGAGGCGGCGGUACCGCGAGGUCCCAUGGUGUAAUGGUUAGCACUCUGGACUUUGAAUCCAGCGAUCCGAGUUCAAAUCUCGGUGGGACCUCAUCCUUUUCACGCUCUUCUAAAUAAACAUUUAGCCGAUCCUUUUAUGUAUUUUAUCUAUUUUAAGACUCGAAUUCAAAUAUAUAAACAUAUUUUUUCACCUGGAUUUUUCCAUCACAGCCAUAAACGGUAAUAUUUUUGGUUCGAUAAAAUCUACUUUAAUACUUCAGGUUUUGUUCUAUUUACGUUCCUUCAAGACAUUGAUUUACAAUAAAUAUCAAUAACGUUUUUUUUUACUGUUUUUGUUCAAUGGAUCUAAAGAUCAGAUGUGAUGUUUUCCGUCUAAAAACGAAGGAAAAUAAAACGCCCGUGAAGCACGGAUAAAAAAACAGAUUUCUCUACAAAUACUCGUACUCCAGCCCCGAUACGUGUAUAAAAACUAAAACUAAAAUGAAAACUUAAAAAAAAAAAAUAAAUAAACAAAAUAAAAUAAAAAAUUAAAAAAAAAAAAAACUUUUAUUUUGAAGCUGGUCACCGGAAACGGCUGUUCGUGGCCCCGCAGAGUUUGACAGCUGUGGAGGAGCGGCCAGGCUCGGUUGGUGCUCAGUCUGUCCUCGCGGAUCAUGUCAGCGUUCGGAUAUUUAGGAGAAAAAAGCGUUUGACGUUUGACUGGAAUCAAAGUGUCGCGGAUCUUCUCCCGUCUUUGGAAACAUGUGGAGGAUCAUCUCACUCUCACUGUUGGUGGCGUUGGCUCUGGGCUCAGAGGUUUCCCAGGCCCCGGAUGUGGUGAAGCUGGAGAGGACCGAGAUGAAGUUGCAGGAGAAUCUCAGCGACAUUUCAGCAGUUAUUGGAAACGCCCGACUCAUGAUCCUGGCGGCUCAGUUCGAGUGCUACCUAAAGAUCAUCCACGAUCCACCGUGGUCUGAAGGAGGUAACUACUGCAACCGAACGUGGGACGGCUGGAUGUGCUGGGGCGACUCGGCUCCUGGGACUGCCAUGCAGAUGUGUCCUACAUAUUUUCAGGACUUUGACCCCGGUGAAAAAGUCACUAAAGUUUGUAAUCCUGAUGGUCAGUGGUUCCACCACCCCGAGAGCAACAGAAUCUGGUCCAACUACACACAAUGUCAGGUCCACACCGAAGACAGAGUCAAGGUAGCAAUCAGCCUCUACUACCUGGCUGUGGUGGGUCACUGUCUCUCCAUCGUCUCCUUAAUAAUAAGUCUGAUUAUCUUCUCCUAUUUAAAAAGUCUCAGCUGUCAGAGAAUCUCCCUCCAUAAGAACACCUUCCUCUCCUUUAUUUUGAACUCCAUUGUUACCAUCAUGUUUCUCUCCGUCUCUGCCGUCAUUAACGAAAACACAACUUCCAGCAACUCUGUGAGCUGUAAGAUCCUGGCUGCUCUGACUCAGUACACGAGCACGUCCAACUACUUCUGGAUGCUGUGUGAGGGGAUCUACCUCCACACCCUCAUCAUCGUGGCCGUCUUCGUGGAGGAGCAGCAGCUCUUCUGGUACUACAUCCUCGGAUGGGGUUUUCCCAUCAUUCCUGCCAGCACGUAUGCCGUCGCCCGCUGGCUUUACUUUGACGACAAGUGUUGGAUCAGUCCACAUACGCAUCUCGUCUACAUCAUUCACGGCCCCAUCCAAGUGGCUCUGGUUGUAAACCUUUUCUUUCUUCUAAACAUCAUCCGAGUCCUGAUCACGAAGCUGAAGGAGACCCACUGCACAGAGUCCACAGCUUACAUGAAGGCGGUGAGGGCCACCCUCAUCCUCAUCCCGCUGCUGGGAGUCCAGUUCAUCCUCAUGCCGUGGAGACCAGAGGGAUGCAUCGGCUACGUCUACGAUUUCUUCAACAACAUCUUCUCCCACUUCCAGGGACUCAUGGUGGCAAUUAUAUUCUGCUUCUGCAACUCUGAGGCUCAAACCGCCCUGCAGAGGAAAUGGGUCCAGUGGAAAUCUGCCUGGGGGAAAACUGGCUUUGGAGAAGCGCCUGCUACCAGCAACCAUUUCAACUACCACACCAACUCCUCCAUCGUGGAGACCAGUCGUGCCACCGUCAACCUGGAGCAUCCUGCUCCUACUCCGCUUUCUGAGGCGAAAGAGAACAGCCACGCUCUGUCCCUGAUUCAGCAAGAGAACUCGGGCGAGGCAGGAACCCACGGGGAGAGGGACACUCGCAACCAGCUGGAGACCACCGGUAUCUGAAAGGAAAAAGAAAUCGCUGGAGCUGGGACACUGACAAACACCAACCAAAACAGAAAAAACGGCAGAAGACAACAAAGAUGGAAACUGAAGAGCGUUUUUGGUUAUUUAAGAACUGCAAAGGAAAGUAGUUGGCAUGUAUGUCCUUUACUUUUGGUUCACGAAAGGAGAUGAAACAUCUUUGUUUUUUGGGGGGGCUGGAGGCAAAUGACCAAAGACUUCAAGAGCAUCUGAAGGCCUUACCUAAAUUUCCACAAACACAAACAAAUGCCAAGGGCUACUAAUGUUGUUUGCAUUUUUUGUGAUUUAAAUAUUCACAAAAUAGCAAAGUCUUUUACUGCGUUGCUAAAAAUGUCUGUCAUGAGAUGAAUUUUACAAUAUAAUGAGCAAAGUAGCAUGCCACUUUCCAUUCAGAGACCCUGAGGACGUUUCAUGCUCUUUGUGAAGUCAGUCCUACAGGACUCUUGUAAAUUUAUAUAAUUUUUACACUAAAUCCACCCUCAUCAGAAGUAGAUUGGCCACCGAUUGGGUUUUAUUCUGUUCCGGUGCCAAAGUGGUUCUUUUGUUUCGCUUCAAUUACUAAUCGUUGCAAAUUUCAGUACUUCAGUAAUAAAAAAUAAUGCCUACAUCUUCCCAAAUCAACACAUUUUUAUUCCCAAGUCAUCACAUAUUGACUCAUGGUCAAGCAAUCCGUGUCAAAAAUUAACGUUUUGGGUGUCGUUGUUUUUUGACAGCCGCUUCCACUGUGUUUCUGUGUCUCUGUGACUGAGUUUAAUGGCUGUCUCGCAUUAGCCCAAGAGGAGGAAAAAUAGAGACACACAUUAGGUCGCGGGCCGAACAGGAUAAACAUGUAUUGAACACUAUAGAGCAAAAUUUUUAAAACUUUAAAACCAUAACUUUUUAACAUAAUUAUGA